GUAGUAGCUUUGGUUACACGCGCCCACACCCCAUUAAUAUAUCAACAAAAAAUUGGCCACUGGCCAUUCAAAGUUCAUCCAAAUCUAAAUCUUUCACGCAACAAAGAAUCCUCCAAAAACUCUUUCCCCUUUUCUCAAAGUUCUUUGCUUUACAAGAAAAAUUCACCAAAAGCCCCCAUCUCUCCUUUUUGAUUUAUCUCCCAGCUUUUUUCUCAAGAAAAUCCAAGUUCUUGGCUUUUCAACAAAAUCUAUAAAAACCCAAGGUCUUUUUGUUGCACCCCUCGAAAAGAAGAAGUAGGUUUUGGGAGAUUGAGAUGCUGCACUUGUUCUUUGCGGUGGCGUUUUCAGCAGUGCCUUUGACUCUAUAUAUACCUCCAAUGAGAAGUUUGAAUCUAUUUGUUGAAACUAUGGAGGAUCUUUGUAGGGAAUCAAGUGUUUAUACUGGAAGGAUGUAUCCUAGGAUAAGGCAUGCUUGGUCUAGGAUCUUGAAUUGUAUGCUUUGUGUCACUACAAGGUAGAAGAACAUUAUUCAAGAUUCAUGGAGUGUGCUGGAAUGAAAAAUUAGGAAAGUUUGAGCCUUUUUUGCUUUGUAAAUAACAUAUUUUGGUCCCUUUUUUUGUUUUAAUUUUCCUUUCAUUUUUUAGAGUUUUUGUUUUCAAGUUGUAACCUGUAAUAGUUCUGGUUUGUGGAUCCGAGACUCUUUGUUUCAGAGUUUUGAUGGUUCAUGUAAAUCAAGCGCAUUAAUAAAAUUAUAGGUUGCAAUUGUUUCUGUUUC